AUGCCGCCAACGAAUCAAGAAAUCUCCCUCCUCAUCAACCCCCUCGUCCCUGAAUCCGUCCAACACAACAACCGAGUCCUAAACCAACUCCACUCCUUAACCUCCUUCCUCCUCGGCCUAACAGCCGGAAUCCUCGCGCUGCAAUCCGCCACCGGCUUCAUCUUCUACUUCAUCGGCACGAUCACCGUCUCGGGUCUAUUCCAUCUUGUCUUGCUGUACCGGUCGAAUGGGAAAGGCGCAGGCGGGUUUUAUCCCGGCGCUGGAGGAGAAAUUGACGGACUUGUUGUGAGGAAGGAUGGGGUUGUUAAGGAUGCGGGGAGUGGGUUGAGGAAGGGCGCUUGGAGGGAUGUGUGGUUUGGUGGUGGUGUGCUUGGGGAGGCGCUUAGUGGGUUUGUUCUUGGGUGGGCUGGUGUUGGGGGUGUGUUGAGGUAA